CUAUUGCAACAUCUAGGGUAUAAAAGCCAAGGCCUGCCUGCGACAUCUACAAAGCUCUUGGGAGGAGUGUGAAACACAGAAGGCCAAGCAUUCAGCAAAGUGCAGCACCCAUGAAAUUCAUUGUUACUCUGCACUGAUUUUGGGAGCUGAGCCUCAGGACCCAGUACAAAGAAUAUCUGCUAACUCCGUGGACCAUCUGGGACACACUUCAAGGUGUACUGCCUGCCCCAAGCCAGCCCUGAUGGCCAGGCAUUGGCUCAGGGUCCUUUACAUCCUUAUCUUCAGUGUUGUCUGUGCCCUACUGUGCCUAGCUGAGCCAGCCGUGAUCGUCACAAUGCACAAGGAACCAAUUAUCUUGCAGGCCCCAAAUAAGCCAUGCCCACCAGGCUAUCAUCUUUCAGAAGACAAUCAGCAUUGUAUUCCAUGUGUACCUGGAAAAGACUACACCAAUCAUUCCAACACUCUCCCUUCCUGUAGGAGAUGUUCAGUCUGUAAAAACGAUGAAGAACAGAAGAGCCCAUGUACCAUAACCAGAGACACAGUGUGUCACUGCAAACCAGACACUUUCCGAAGAAAAGAGUCUCCUGAGUUCUGCAAGAAAUGUUACCGUAGGUGCACUGACAGGGAAGUUGAGGAGAGUCCCUGUACCCCCUGGAGUGACCGCAAGUGUAUCCCCAAAGAAUCAUCGACCAAGGUCACUGGGGAAGCAGGAGCUACUGGAGAGCCCGUGAUCACGAACUCUGACUGCACCUCUCCUCAUGCUUCUUCAUACUGGAAAUAUCUUGUAGCAAUCCUGGUUCUACUUUCGCUCUUGGUCCUGCUUGUGAUUGGGUGGAUUUUAAGCUUUCAAAGUGGCAGAAACGGAAGGACAACUACAAACCAUGUACAGAACUUUAAAUGUGUUUCGAUGGUCAGAACACUAGUCCAGUGUUUGUUGAACUCACAAACAGCUUCCCAACACAACAUGGCCAGCCUUGAAGAGAUGGCCCCAGGGAUUGCAGCUCCACACACAGAACAGGAGAUCCAGGUCAAUGGCUGGCACUCAAGUCCUCCAAGAGGACCUGAGGAUCAGGAUAAUAACCUUGAUGAGAGUCUAAGCUUCAGAGACUUACCACCCACCCUGGUUUCUAAGCAGGAAAUUAACAAACAAAACGCGGUGACAGAUUCUGGUGCCACUGAACAAUCCCCAGUAGAGGCAGAGCAUUUGCUGGUAAGUGGGAGACAGGCAGUGGCAGUCUGUAGACAGAGGGGGGAAAACUGUUGUCAGAUCUACUGUCCCAGGGAAAGUGCUGACAGGGAGACAAGGGACCGCCCAGCAGAGGCUUCAUGUGGGACAGCAUGGUCACUGAGCCUCUCUGUGGACAUUCUGCCUCAUGUUUGUGCUGUGUGCUCAGAGCCUGGAGCAGCACAGGCAGAGUGGCUGCUGUGUGUUUGUUGAAGACUAAAUAAGAGCUGAGUGCUUGUCACAGAACUUGGUAAAAGCGCUUCCUUGUAACACUAGACAUUUUAAAUUCACCCCAAAUUAUUAUCACAUUGAACAUACUUGAAAAUCUUUGUCGAGUUUUCUGAUCGUGUUCGUAGGGAGGGUUCUGAGAAGAAAAGUUUCUGAGUGCUGUAAAAGUGCUGUUUGGUGAACACACCACACACACACACACACACACACACCCCACAUACACAUCACAC